AUGCUGGUCAUCGUGUCCUGGGUCAGCUUCUGGCUGGACCACACCGCAGUGGUGGCCCGCGUGUCCCUCGGAGUGACCACCCUGCUCACCAUGGCCACGCAGAGCAGCAGCAUCAACGCCUCCCUGCCGCCGGUGUCCUAUUCCAAGGCCAUCGACGUGUGGACCGGCGCCUGUCUCACCUUCGUCUUCGGCGCCCUGCUGGAGUACGCCCUCGUCAACUACGCGAGUCGGCUCACGGCCCGGCGCCGGAAACGCACCGCUGCUGAAGCCCGGCGUCGCGCGGAGAUUGAGGCCGCCGCCAUGGAGGCCGCCGGGAUGGACCCCGAGGGACCUGGAGGCGCCUUCGCUGCUAUGAAGCCCCUGAUGCACCACCGGAGCCAGGAAUUCAUGAUGCACAAUAACGUGCACUGCAGUCUGCACGUGCCUCGUCCCCCGCGUCGCUGCUUCUUUUUCCGCUGGCUGGACAAGUUCAGCACCUUGUCCAAGAAGAUCGACAUCAUGUCUCGCAUCAGCUUUCCUCUCCUCUUUGCCUUCUUCAACUUUGGCUACUGGACCAAGUACCUGUACAUUGAGAAAGACCACGACGACUAA